CUUCAUGAGAUAUUCUAGAACCUUCUUCCUUCCCUGUACUGCGUUCCCUUCGUUUCCAGGAAUCCCUCUUUACCGCCUCUAUCGCGUAGCUCCACUUCCAGACGAAAUCCAAUUGCUCACCUCUCGUAAAUCGUCGCUGAUUGAAUCAAGCCUUCGCGGCACGCGUCUUUAUGGCUGCAAAACUUAUUGCAAACUUAAUUAUAAUGGGUUCUGGCAUAUUGGGUAGGGCUGUGUUGCAAGCCUACCGUAAAGCAUUGGAAAAUGCCAAUAAAAAUGGCGUAGCUCAUGAAGCAUUUAAUAAUAUCCGUCGAGCAAGUAAAACAAUGACUGAACAGGAAGCUAGGCAGAUAUUGGGUAUCUCCGAGAAUUCCACAUGGGAAGAAAUCAUGCAGCGAUACGAUGUUUUAUUUGAGAACAAUGCUAAAAACGGUAGCUUCUACCUUCAAUCCAAGGUUCAUCGAGCAAAAGAAUGCUUAGAGAGUGUUUACCAGAAGCAAAAUCAAGGAACUAGCUGAAUGCCUUAUUUUUCUGACAUGGCAACUCUAGUUGUAUUUUAUUUUAUUAUUAUUUUUUUUGUCUUUUUUGUAUAUAAGAACAUUAUGUGAAUAAUGGGUACGAGUACCUGUAACUCAUUAUUUCACUAAGUAAUGGGUUCAAAGACCCAUGUUUAAUAUUUGAGUGAUCCUUUGUCUGGUUGAAUGCCCACUUUUCUGCAAAAGACAAAAGUAAUGUUUAAGUC